CAGACUGAAAACCACUUAUUUAUAGAAUAAAAUUAAAAGCCAACGUAUAUAAACGAGCCAAUAUUUCUGAGACUUCAUUCAAUCGCUUUUGUUUCAAGAUGACUCAAAACAUGUUACCAAGUAGCAAUGCUCAAACUCAACAAGUGCCCCAAACGUCGGUUUGGUGGGUUGAAAAAUCCCUGGAACCCCCGAAAGAGGAAGAUCAGUUAAUAUUAAUCGGCGACAAUCGAUGGGUAAGGUAUCCUGAUUGGCGAAGGCACCUACAGGACAAAGCUACUGGCGUAAAAAAACCGCAGGGAACCAUAAGUCAGGUUGAACGGAGCAGCCCUUCUGCUGACGGGAGUAGUCAGCUUGAUAAGGUGUCAUCAAAUCAAAAUCAAGACCUUACCAUAGACUACUCUUGGGAUGAAGACCCUCCAAUGUUGAGCUAUAAUCCACAAACUUAUGUCUCAGCAAACAAAAUUAUCCGGUGCCCCCCGCCGAAAUUGAGCAAAAAAGCCAAAAGAAAGUUUAGACAAGAAGAAAGAGAAAGAUUUGCAAAAUUGUAGUUUAUAAGUAUAAUUUUUUAAUAAAAUAAUAGUAACUUAAUUUAUUGUUUCAUUGGGUUUUUAUAAAAAAUCAAAACAUAUUUUUCGAAGAUCGCAAAGCACAAUUCUUGAGUGGAUUUU